CACUACAAAAAUAUAUGACGCGUCUAUUUCUAUAGCACUGCCAUUAUAUGGUUUAUAACCAUUCAAAAAUGAUUAUAGGUACUAGCGCUUCUCGGCGCACUAUGCGCCUCUCUCCUGAGGUCAGCCGUAUUCUCUACCUCAGGAAUUUACCGUAUAAAAUAUCGGCAGAGGAACUUUACGACAUUUUCGGCAAAUAUGGAUCAGUCCGUCAAAUAAGGAAAGGCAACACAUCAAAGACUAAUGGCACGGCAUUUGUUGUGUAUGACGACAUUUAUGACGCGAAGAAUGCGUUGGACCACCUAUCCGGUUUCAACGUUGCCGGAAGAUAUCUUGUUGUAUUGUACUAUAACCCUACCCGUUUGAACAAGCGCAAAGACCUUGAUAAAGAACAGGAGGAGCUUGAUAGGGUUAAGGCUGCUCUUAAGAUGAACACAUGAUACUUUUGUAGUGUCUUCAGACAUUGGUUAUCGCAAUAUUGUAAAAAUGUACUA